UCUCUCUCUCGCUCUCGCUCUCUCUCUCUCCCCCCACCCCCCCGCCUGGCGUCUUUCGCUUUCUCCUCGACGUUAUUUCGGCGACCCCCACGUCCAAAGCGGCGACCGGCGACCCCGGGUGUUCCAGCAGCGGCCGUUCUACGAUACGCAAACCUCGUAGGUGUUACCCCCCCCCCCCGCCGCCGGAUAGAGAGACGUCGAUCGCCAUUUUUUACAGCACGUUUUUUUUCCUCCCUUCCCGUGACAGUGGCAAGAGCACAACAAUGGCUCUGAAAAGAAUUCAUAAGGAGUUGAAUGACUUGGCACGGGACCCGCCAGCCCAGUGUUCUGCAGGGCCAGUAGGAGAUGACAUGUUUCACUGGCAAGCCACAAUAAUGGGACCUAAUGACAGUCCAUACCAGGGCGGGGUAUUCUUCUUGACCAUACAUUUCCCCACAGACUACCCCUUCAAACCACCAAAGGUUGCAUUUACCACGAGAAUCUACCACCCAAAUAUCAACAGCAACGGAAGCAUUUGUCUUGACAUCUUGCGAUCGCAGUGGUCACCCGCUCUCACCAUCUCAAAAGUACUCCUGUCCAUCUGCUCCCUGCUGUGUGACCCAAACCCGGAUGACCCCUUAGUACCUGAGAUCGCCCGCAUUUACAAGACGGACAGGGAUAAGUACAACAGAAUAGCUCGGGAAUGGACACAAAAGUAUGCAAUGUAGUGUUGGGGUAGAAUCAUGGCCAACCACCUCUACAACUUAAGAUUAGGGGAGCUUCAGAAGUAAAGAGAAAACAAACAAAAAACAUACAAACAAGUGAAAAAGUUGAAAAUAAGAUCUUGUUGGUUUCCAUUGGAGUGCUUUCUUUGAGCCACGCCCCCCUUCCUUCUCCAGAGUACCUGUAAAAACUCCCUCUGCCCCCACGCCCCGCCCCCACUCAUUCGCUUCCUCUCCCACACUCGCUCGCUCUCCCUCUCCCACACUCUCUCUCUCUCUCUCCUUGUCCUUAGCAGUUUGCCCCAACCAUCAGCCCUGCCCCCCCCCACCCCACAGUUGUACAUAUUCUCAACUAGCAAUGGCAACCCUCCCUCCCCCCGUGACCCCUGGCUUUCCCUCUUGACUCGUGUCAGGACCCCUCCUCCCAUUUCCCCGCGUCUACACACCCACACACACCCGCAUCCUCUUUCCACUCACCAGCUCACCCACUCCAAACUUCGAUCACUAAAAGCAUUCCUUUUUAGCAUCCGAUCUGUAAAUCUAGAGGACCUCGGUUUUUCUUUUCCUUUUUUUUUUCAUCCCCCUUAUUUUUUGGGGGGGAAGGGGGACACAAGAUGGAGGGAUUUUUACACUCUGCGCACCUUUUCUUGUUUUGUUUUCCUUAUGAUUCCCAGCUGUAGAGGUGACAAUUCAAGGAAGCGGUUGUAAGCUUGUGAGUCGAGUGGCGCUCUAUUUUGUACAAGGAAUUCUUUAAAAAUCAUAGCGGGCUAUAUAAAAUUGUAAAAUUUUGUAUAUGGCCUAUUUUUGGUCGUCUUUAUGAUUCUAUGAAAGGACUUGAAUUUUUCCCAUUAUCCACCCACCUGCCCCCCCACCCUGCUCCCCGACCCGUACUAUUGCCAUUCAAUCAGGUUGCCCCCCCCAUCCCCCCAACCUUUACAUGCAAAUACACAGACAUGAAAUUUACACACUUGCAUACACGCACAAACUCUUAACCCCCGUGUCAUCUUCACCACCACCACACCUUCUGUACAUUCACAAAGUGGAGGUUCUGGACCAGGUGUUUAAGGAAGUUUUUUUUUUUUCCUUAGUUAAACCUGUGUUUUUAAUUUCCCCCCGUAAUUCUUUAGGUUGCAUUAUUAUUAUUAUUAUUUUAUUUUUUUGUUUCAUUUUCAUUUUGGAUAUUUUUUUUUGUUUUUUGCUAUUGUUGAAUUAGAGGCUAACAUCUUAAAAGGCUACGGGACUGGCUUGGGCUCUGGGUGUGAGGAGAACCCACUCUCCUUGCACAAAAACCUCUGUAUAUUGAAUUACCUGAGAGGCUCGUUGAGCUUUGUGUGUUGAUUAAACUGUGUAAUAAAAACCCGUGACUCCUGUGUCGACUCAAUAAUCCAGGGGCCUGUUGGAAGAGAUUUUAGGGGGUAGGAGGCGGGUAACAUGAAGCGUCGUACCUAUGGCCUAAAACUGAAGGACUUCUACCAGAGUAGCAUUCCCUGUUGGUGCUGUUGUGUACCAGGGGUCAGUUGUUGACUUUGUGGUUGGGCAUUGUGAAUGCCGACUAACAGUGGGAGGCUUUAGUGUCUACGAUAAGACGGGCGUUGUUGUGCGUGGGAAACUGAAGGAAAUGUUGGAAUUGACUGAAAAUAAGAAUUCCCGUGUUUUCACAUGGAGAGGAACCGGGGUGAGAACGUGGG